AUGUCCCUCUUCAAACGGGCUAAAGAUCUAAAAUCCACACGCCUCAACUGCAUUCCAAUCUCGCAAAAUUUAAACCCUUUCAGUCUUUGUAAAUCUUCCGCCGGUGGAGCCUCAGAUGUUUCCCGAACAUCCAUCGUAUCUGUGUCUACUUCGACGUGCGACUGGCUUCGGUCUGAACAAGCAUGCAUAACCAACUCCAAGAGUGAUAUACUCGGGCACGCCUUGCACUUGGCUCGUCUGGCCGUCGUUCUUGAUAAAGCUCAAGUAUAUACGGGAGCCGCAAGGGCGUAUUUUGAUUGUUGUUAUGUCUUGAGUACGAUUGAACCAGAGCUUGGGGGUAUCGAGUUGGAAAUCACGAAUCAGAUUAGCCAAACGUAUAAACAGCGACUUGCCUAUCUCUCAGCUCGAGUCACCGUGUCCAGCCGUAGUUCACUUUCUUUUCCAUCUCAUAUGGUCCCGUCUCAGGAAUUCCAGAUCGAUAUACCCCCGGAUUCAAAACAAGCACCUCGCCUCAUAGAGUUAAAUCGCAUCUGUCAGCUCCUUCGCACCCUCGGUCACUGCUGCGAGAUCAUACAAGAGAUCCAUACCCAAGAUGAACAUAUCUCCAGAUCCCAAAACCCAGGUGCGGAAGGUCUUCUUAGCCUUUCAGGAGAACUUCAGAAACUACGAGUAGAUAUUUCAAGGUUCAGGGAGUUCUAUACCAACGACCAGCUUGCAACUGGAGAGGCUGGAAAUAUACUUUUUGUCAUUUUGGGAAGUUAUAAGAAAAAAGUUGAUGAUAUCGUGAAAGGCGAAAGUAAAAAACUGCUAGUGUUUCUGCUCUCGCUAUUCGAUCUCAAACUGCCCGCAGAGUGUGAAGCCGAAACAAAGCCACUUCCGCCACAGCCACUACAGUUCAAAAGACCGUCUUUCCAAGCAUCAACUAGGAACUAUGCAGCAGCCCUAGACUCACCGGUAUCUCCACUAAGUACGAGCGCGGUGCCGUCGAUUAAGUACGCAACGACAAUCCCGGAAGGUGAGCGUGAGCCCGUAAAGCUAGCUCCCGUCCCAAUCCCUAAAAAGUCAAGCAAAAGGCCAAGUGAACUAGGGAAAGGGAAAGAGAGGUCGACUAAAUCGCCCAUUACGAGUUCACCUGAGAUUGGAGGAAUCGAUGAAAGGAUGGCGGAACUGAUGAAAAGUGGUUCGUUUUUGUUAGAAUAA